AUGGCGCUAGAAGACGAAUGGACCAGCGACGCCAACGAUGCGCUCCACAUCACGAUGGUGCAGCCGGGCGAGACGAAGCCAAAAACUCUCUCAGCUUUUCACCCCCAGUUCACAUAUCCCAUAUUCGGCGACGAGGAGCAGAUUUUCGGCUACAAAGGUCUCAUAAUACGCUUACGGUUUGCCGCCCACGAUUUACGCCCUCAUAUCCAUAUUUCAUACGAGGAUCGAUUCAAGGCUGUUGGUGAGGUGACUGCUGCGGAUGUCCUUGGCAUUCUGAAACAGUUUGCCCCAGAGGAAGCCUUCAUAACACUUCCAGACUACGAGAAGGCCGUGCAAGAUGACACCGAUGCGAAGGACUUUACACCACCUGGCAAGCUUGUCUAUGCCUAUGACGCAGAUGAACGAUCAUAUGAAAUCUGGGCAGGGUCCCUAGCAGAUCCUGCAGUGCGACGUAUUCUUGAUCGCGCGCAAAUUCUGGUGUCACUUUUUAUCGAGGCUGGCACGCCUUUGGACACGGACGACCCGGAGUGGACUCUUGACCGGUGGAUGAUAUACUUUGUGUAUGAGAAAGUGAAGCCUCCAACACCAACGGCAUCGUCAUACUCGAUUGUUGGAUACGCGACGACCUACCGAUACUGGCUCUACCGGCGCGAUCGCUCCAUUACCCCAACCGUGAAAAACGACCCCUUUCCACCCCCGGAGAUCAAGCUUUCUGAACUUCCAGCACGACUCCGUAUUGCGCAAUUCCUCAUCCUUCCUCCACAUCACCGCGCCGGUCACGGUACUCACCUUUACACAACUAUUCACGCAUCAUGCCUUGCGGAUCCGACAAUCAUAGAAUUGACAGUCGAGGACCCCAACGAAAGCUUCGACGCUCUUCGCGAUACCGCCGAUUUUUGUCUUCUGCAACCAGAGUUCGACAAGCGCGAAAUUAACAUCAACCCGGACCCACUUGGUGCUUACUCCCACAAGAAGCGUCUUCAAGAUGUUCCUACCGCGGACCUCAUUCCGAAGCAAACCUUGGAUGAGAUUCGGACAGCUUUCAAGAUUCAGGAAACGCAAUUCGACCAUGUUGUGGAGAUGUACCUCCUCAGCCAGAUCCCCGAGAGCCACCGCUUGGCUGGAGGGGCUAACCUGGCCCGUUUGUUGAUCAAGAAGGCUCGCGCGGACGACCCGAAUGACCGGAGAUACUAUUGGUGGCGAACGCUUGUAAAACAGCGUCUCUUCCGGAAACACAAGGAAUUGCUGCAAGAACUGGAGAUGACAGACCGAGUAGAGAAACUCGAUGAUACGGUGCGCAAUGUGGAGGAAGGAUACGAGAUCACAUUUUCCCGCCGCAAGCGCAAGCUUGCCAUUGAAGAUGAGGAUGAUGAGGAGGAUGAGGAUCCGAGCGAGGCCGAGUCAGCCAAGCGGUCCAAACCCAAUUAA